AUGUCAGAACUCCGCCAGCGACCAACAGUGGCGUCAAAGUCCAGCAAUGGGCCGGACAAAGAACCAACUUCCAAACCGCACUCCGGCAACGAUGAAACCGGUCAAGACCGCAUAAGCGUGCUGGACGUCAUCCGCGUGAUUGUAACCCUACUGAUUGCCUGCGGCGGCUUCUCCUAUUACAUGACUUCCUCCGAGUCUGUACUGUUUGGUUACAGACCAUGGUAUACACGGUGGCCGGUGGUGAAGCAGUGGGUGCAAGGCCCUGUUACCCUGACACCAACCCAAUUAUCCCUCUACAACGGUACAGACACCACACUCCCCCUCUACGUCGCCGUGAACGGGACCGUAUUCGACGUCUCAGCAAACCGUAUGAUCUACGGACCGGGCGGGAGCUACAACUUCUUCGCGGGGCGGGAUGCAACACGCGCUUUUGUCACAGGAUGCUUUAAAGAGGAUCUUACGAACGACAUGCGCGGUGUCGAGAUUAUGUUCCUUCCUGUUGAAGAUAUUGAGGAAGAAGCCGUGACGUCUGCGGAGAAGAAAAUCCGCCGCGAGAAGGAGUUACGAGCUGCCAAAGCGCGGGUUCAAGCGACUGUGAAGAGAUGGAGUGAAUUCUUUGCGAACCACGCCAAGUAUUUCGAGGCUGGAAGGGUUGUGGUUGAGGAUGGAGGUGUUGAAGGAGAGCCGUGGCCACUUUGUGAGAGUGCGCAGAAGCAGCGACCGAAGAGGAGUGCGAUGGUGGAGAAGUCGUAG